AGCUCCUCCACAGGCUGCACAUGAAGUUUUCAGUCAGUCGCACUGAGGCUGCAGGAGGAAUCCACAUCCAAAGCAUCCAGACUUUUAUUUUAUUUUUAGUUUUUUAUCCUCCUCACUGAGAUGUUGCGAUGUUCCGCGCAGCUUCACAAACCGUGGACUUGUUUUGGCUGAUUCUUUUCUUCUCUUUUCUAGUUUUUCUGCCGGAGUCCGGCUGCAUCAGAUCAGCCGAUGUGGACAGCUGUCAUGAGGUGAAGACAGCCUACAUGAUGCGCCAAAUAGGCCCGGUGGAGCUGGUGCCAGACAGGCCGGGGACAGAUGAGUCUCUCCGAGUGUGCCUCCACCCCGGGCCCAGCUGCUGCACCAGUAAGAUGGAGGACAGCUACAUGGCGGCUGUUCGCAGCGAGACGCAGCAGAAGAUGCGAUCCUACAGCUUCGAACUGAAGUACCUGAUCGCUGGACACACGAAGGCCUAUCAAGAGACCUUCGAAUCACUCGUGUCCUUCACGUCCAACUUGACCGGCACUCUGUUCGACAGCGCCUACUCCGCUCUGGCGUCCGACUGUCGCCCCCUUGUGCUUCAGUUGUUCAGCGGCAUCGAACGCCACCUUUCCGGAGACUCGAAUUCCUCACUGGACCACAGCGUGCGUUGCUUCUACAACGACCUUUUCCCAUUGGUCUACCGCCGCCUGCUCAACCCUGGGAUCGGCCACACGUCACCCCAAUCCUCCUCCUCCCCCUCCACAAAUCACGACGACUGCCUGCGGAUGACGCGGCAGGACGUCAGCCCGUUCGGACCUCAUCCUCGCCUUCUGGUCAGCAGCUUGUCCCGCGCUCUGAGGGCGGGGCGAGCGCUGAGUCGACUGCUCAGGCUGGCCGGAGAGGUCGUGAACGCGACCGAGAAGGCCACGUUAUCUCGAGAGUGCGGACGUGGCUUGGUGAGGAUGCAGUACUGUUCGCACUGCAGAGGGCUGACGCUGAUACGGCCCUGUACCGGACUGUGUGUCAACGUCAUGAGAGGAUGUCUGAUGGGCGUUUCAGAGCUCGGCGCCCCCUGGGGGAGUUUGGUGGUGUUGCUGCAACGUCUGGCUGCGACUUUAGCGACCAGCAGCAACCACAACAGCAUGGAGUUAGCUCUGCUGGCGGUCCGAAACUACGUGAACGACGCCAUACUGCACGCUCAGCUGCACGGGCCACGCAUUACAGCCACAGUAGAGAAGGUUUGUGGACCCCAGGCGGCUGGUCCCAUGACGCCGAGCGCAAAUCCAACCACCACGUCUCAAGCUCCGUCCUCCGUGAGCCCGGCUGCAUCCGUCACCUCGCAGAGGUCACCUGUGACGUCGUCUCCCUCGGCGAAAUCCCGGAGCAGGUCAUUCCUUCCCAGAGGCUCCAGAGGAGACAAGAGUCGCAGCCUGAAAAAACUGUCAAGGGAGUUCGAGGGCUCGAUCCAGCGGUACCAGUGGUUUUUCUCAGAGCUGCCGGAGAUGCUUUGCGAAAGCGAGAUGGCGGUCGAGCAGCACACGUGCUGGAGCGGCCAAGACGUCGUAGAGAGUUAUGCAGGUCGUGUGGUUGGCAGCACUUUAAAAGCCCAGAGGGAGAACCCGGAGAUGACUGUCCGUAAUACAGAUCCUGUCCUGAAGGGGGCGAAACUGAGGCUGGAGCAGCUAACACAGGAGCUGUUAGUGGAGCUCGACUGGGCCAGAAAAACCAGAGGAAAGGUGGAGGAAGAGGAGGGAGGGAGCGCACAGACAGAGAGAGGCAGCGGAGACGACUGUGAUGAUGAAGACGGCUGUGAAGCAUCUGGUGAUGAGACAGGUGAUACAUCCAGCGGUCGCAGUCCAGCCACAAAGGACAUGUCCUCGCCUCCUCCUCCUCCCCCUGCUGCCCGUCGUCCUGUGCCUCCACAUCGUGUCUCACCUCCACAGGUGGCAGUUCGAAGCUCAGCCCGCACGCCGUCUCUUCGACCUUUGACCCUGAUCGCCCUGCUGCUGCUCCUGCUGCUGUCGCCAUGGGAACACCGCUGAUCACCUGGAGACUGACAGAGACAAAAAAACAAAAACAAAAAAAGACUGAGAGACAGACACAUGAGUUGUGGUGGUGAGGUUUGAGUGUUUUGGUUUGGGGUGGCCCGGCUGCUGGGACGAGCUGUCGGGUCAUCACAGGUGCAGGUGCGCACGUGUAUGCAUUUCUAUGUUACCUGUACUGACCUCUUCAUGCGUUUGUUUAUCUGUAUUAACUCUGAUAGGAUAGGUUGCACAGCACUACUGACUUUUUUUUUGAAGAGAGAUGUAAAUACAAAUAUAUAUAUAUUAUAUAUUUAUAUAAAGAAUUUCUAUAGAUAACAAUGGCUUGGUGUGUACAUAGAGAUUAAUAUAGAACAGAUCAGAUUCACAUUAAGCGAUGCUUAGUUUGGUUCGACCUUUACGUGACGUAGCCCCCGCAGAGAUUCACACUGAGGAGGACGGAGCGCUAAACAUAGGCUGGGAAAGGACGUGAAGACACUUUAUGGAAAGGCAAAGCUACAAAUUACGUGUCACUUCAGACUAUUUGCAGAAGAAUCUGACAGGCCUGUGCAGCCGUCCGGCUCUCCACACCAAGAUGCUCUUUGUUCAUGCGAGCUGGGUGCUUCUCCUUCAUCACUGCAGCGAGUAUGCUGAGAGUUUUAACUGUGUAACACUUUCUCAAACUGUUAACUCCCCACAAAAUGCCUCUUUAAUAAUCGCUGAGAUCUCGCCCAAGAAAACUGUUUGUGAAUCUGUCAACAUUUCUCUGCAUAAAAAUAUCUCCUUUUGUCUUGGUAGCUGUGGGAACAAUGAGUCCUCGACUGUUCAAGUGUGCAGAGUUGUAACAGCACCACAGGGAGAGAUGUAACAGCUUCUAUUUCAACUUCAAUCGGACUUGUGAGCUCUGUUAAAAAUAAGAAUAUGAAGAAAAGACUAAAUAUUUAUGAGCGUCUGCCUGGAAAGUCAUCGUCAUGUACAAACACUGAGCAGUGUUUUUAAAGGCUGGCCGAACUCCAAAUGUUUUAAAUAAAACUGCAAUAAGUAACAGAAGACUUCCAAUAAAACACGAGUCAGCUGAUACUUGUUAUCAGCUCGUCUCCGUAUCCAGUGGAAGACGAGAGAUCAGGUUUCAGGAGAGCGAUCAGAGUAUGAGAAUUAAAUGUAAUUCAUAUAAAUCAGGGCCAGCACGUCCUCCCGGCUCUCUCUGUCGAGUCCCCACAACAGCAGGACGGGCAGUGAUUAAAUCAAUUAACGAGGGAGCAGAUGAAGCAGCUGAAGGACACCGACGGGGAUUUUCUUCUCCUUACAAAAUAACGAAAUUCCCAUAAGAAUGUGUCGACUCUCAUCACCUGAGAGGUUUUUUUCAUGAAGGAAUGUGACUGAAAGGUGAGACGACGUGAGGUCCAAAGUGUGGGCACCGAGCCCAAACACUGUGUUAGGUAGCGGGAUGCUUUUUAUAAAAUAAUCUGUCAAACAAGCGCUGUAAUCUGAUUUAAAAUACGACUCAAACAUUUAUACCCAAGAUAAUGAGAUGAUGAAAAUCUGGAUUGGAGCCAACUCCUCCAUCUCUCACAGACCUCGACCUACAUAAACAAACCACCGACACACACCAACGCACAUCCAGAUAAGUGGAGACACUAUUUUAAUGUUUCUCAACCCAGGAUGAGAUCAGAGUAAAAAAAGUUUUCAUGCUUCUAAUGCUGUAAUAAUAUUGAGCAGCUGUAAUAAUAAUUAGGUCAUAACUCAAGUUAAAUCAUGUGGAAGGCGAAGCAUUCUUUGGAUGCUACAAACUUCUAUCUGUGCAGCAUCACCAGUUCAAAUCUUUGUUUCAGUCCCCUUCAAUCUUGUUUGUGCAUAUUUCUGUAUGAGAUGUUUUAUCUGUCGUUCCUCUCGUGCCGUGAUGGUUCUCAGCAUGAACGCCGGUGUGCCACGGGCCGAGCUGCGCUGUCAUUCCUAUCCACAUUUCAUCCACUCGGUGUACUUCGUGGAGAUCUAACAGCUGAUGUUUUGUGUUUAGAAAGUCUAAUUUUGUCAUUUUUUAACGUAGCAGGAAUGCUGGCAUGCAACAAACAAGCAGUUAGCUUCAGUUCUUUGGUUUCUGCCGCCACAAUUUAAUAAACUAAACCAGUGACUGUCAUGUGAAACACAAAAAUAAAGCUACUGUAAUAUGCCGA